AGGUAGAGAGAGAGAGAGAGAGAGAGGGGGGGAGGUAGAGAGAGAGAGAGGGAGGGAGAAGGGGAAGAGUGAAGGCAGAAUCCCUCCUGCAGUGCCUGGAGUCGGCUGCUUGGUAUCGUCUGUAAGAAAACGAACGAUUGCAAGAGAAGGACUGAGAGAAGUGGACCUGGCUGGCAGAGCUCCUGAACUGACCUGAGGAAGACCGACCGUCCGUCGCUUCAGCCAUGGCCGACGGCGCCAUCGAGGAGUCAGACUACGUCCCCGGGAAGGAUGAGCUGGACUGGGGAUACCAGGAAGGUGUGGAGUGGGGUCUGUUGUUCCCCGAGGCAAACGGAGAGUACCAGUCUCCCAUCAACCUGAACUCCCGCGAGGCCCGCUACGACCCCUCCCUCCUGGACACCGGCCUCAACCCCAACUACGUGGUUUGCCGCGACUGUGAGGUCAUCAACGAUGGACACACUGUGCGCAUCGUGCUGAGGUCAAAAUCAGUGGUAACGGGGGGUCCGUUGCCUAGUGACCAUGAGUACGAACUGCACGAGGUGCGUUUCCACUGGGGAAAAGAAAACCAGCGAGGCUCCGAACACACGGUGAACUUCAAAGCCUUUCCCAUGGAGCUCCACCUGAUCCACUGGAACAGCACCCUGUUCAACAGCCUGGAAGACGCUCUGGGCAAGAAGAAUGGAAUCCUGAUCAUCGCUCUGUUUGUGCAGAUAGGGAAGGAGCACCUGGGGUUGAAGGCUAUAACGGAAGUCCUACAGGAUCUGCAGUACAAGGGGAAGGCAAAAACCAUACCGUGUUUCAAUCCCAACACUUUACUACCUGACCCUCUGCUGAGAGACUAUUGGGUGUACGAUGGCUCCUUGACCACACCCCCCUGCAGUGAGAACGUAACUUGGAUCCUCUACCGCUACCCUCUCACCAUCUCACAGAUACAGAUAGAGGAGUUCAGGAGGCUGAGGUCACUGAAGGGGGCGGAGCUUCCUGAGGGAAAUGAUGGGAUGCUGGGUGACAACUUCCGCCCCACCCAGCCUCUCAGCGAUAGGACGGUCCGAGCUGCCUUUCAAUGACCCUCCCCCUUUCCAAACUGCCGUCAAGGGGAGGUCCUUACACACACCUUUC